AUGGCUGACGUCAGCGCGAGAUGCUCUGAGCGGCGUUACUCCCGACGCGCUGCUUCUGCUACCACCAGCGCUGGCGCUGAUCUGCCGAGAGCCAGUGCUGAAGCGGUGGACGUGGCGAGGGCCGAUGCUGAUGUGGCGGAACAUGACGGUGACGUGGCGAGCGCAGGGAGCACGAGGGAGGCGGCGGUGGCAGCGGGGCGCGGGAAGGGUCUGCUGGCGUUCUACGCGGACCACCACGUGGUGCCCCUGCCCGCCGGCCACCGCUUCCCCAUGGACAAGUGCGCUCCGCGUCUCGAGUCGCCAGGAAUGAUAUACCGCAGCACUCGCCUUCUCCUGCAGUCAGAUGCAUCUCUAGAUCGUAUCCUGGCCGUCCAUCCUGCACCUCUUGUCUCAUGGGUGGAGCUUCAGCAGGUGCAUGAGGAGGGCUACUUGACGCGGCUAUUCACACACGCGCUCUCAGAGCAGGAGCAGCGAGUGCUGGGCUUCCCCUGGUCGCCGCACCUGCUGCUGCGCUCACAGGCCUCGUGCGGCGGCACUGUAGCAGCCACCCACGCGGUGCUGAUGGGGCUCAGGCGGGCGGCGGGGGUGCUGGCGGGCGGCACACACCAUGCGUUCCGGGGGCACGGGGAGGGCUUCUGUGUGUUCAACGACAUAGCAGUGGCAGCGCUGGCAGCACUCACGCACCACCCCACCGUCUGCAAUGCCGACCGGCCCAUCCUGGCCCUUGAUCUCGACGUGCACCAGGGCAACGGCACGGCGAGCAUAUUCGAGGGCGACCCACGAGUGGUGACAUUCUCAAUGCACGGCGCCAACAACUACCCGUGGCGCUCCAAGCGCCGCUCCGACUACGAUGUGGAGCUGCCCGACGACACGGGGGAUGCUGCUUACCUCUCCCUGCUCGAACAGUGGCUUCCGAAGCUGUUUGAGCACCACCGGCCGAGCCUCGUCAUGUUCCAGGCAGGGGUGGAUGCUCUUAAAGAGGACAGUUUUGGCAGGCUUGCAAUGACAAGGGCUGGCAUGCUGCGGAGGAACAACAUGGUAUACAGUGCUUGUAUCGACAACCACGUGCCCUGCAAUCCUCCGCGCUUCGUGCUUUCCUCUGCUCUCGCCUCGUACAACCUCGUCUAUAUAUCGCACUGCGCACCGAUGGCUGCUGCUCCGCCUCUUACAGCUAGUCCGAGCAAGGCGGCGUCACCGUGCGCGGGCGGGGAGGUCGCGCCAGCCAUCCCAGGCAUGACGCUGAGCCCGCAUAAGCCGACCUCCGCCGCCGCCGCCGCCACCGCGGAAGGGCCGCUCUCCAUCGUCAUCUUCGGCGCGUCGGGCGACUUGGCGAAGAAGAAGACGUUCCCCGCGCUCUUUAAUCUCUUCCAGCAUGGCUUUCUCCCCGCUGGAGAGAUCCGCAUCUUCGGAUACGCGCGCUCGCCGAUGACGGCGGAGCAGCUGCGCGAGAAAAUCAAGGGCUACCUCAAGCCCAAGGGCGACACGGCCCCCGCCCAGGACCCCGUUGCAGAUUUCCUCAGCGUGGUGGAGUACAUCCACGGCCCCUACGACGGCCGGGACGGCUACGCCAAGCUGCAGGAGGCCAUGCUCGCAUUCGAAAACACCACCGCUCCCACCGCCACCACCAGCGACAGUACCACUGGCACCACCAGUGACAGCAGCAGCGGGGCGACGAGGCGGCUGUUCUAUCUGGCGCUGCCGCCGUCGGUGUACCCGCCGGUGUGCGCGGAGGUGCGGCGGUACUGCAUGAAUGCACGCGGGUGGACGCGCGUCAUCGUGGAGAAGCCGUUUGGGCGCGACCUGGCGAGCGCGGAGGCGCUGAGCGGCGAGCUGGGGGCGCUGUUCAGCGAGGAGCAGAUCUACCGCAUCGACCACUACCUGGGGAAGGAGGUCGUCCAGAACCUGUUGGUGAUGCGCUUUGCCAAUCGCUUCUUCGUGCCGCUGUGGAACCGAGAAAAUGUCGCCAACGUGCAGAUUGUGUUCAGGGAGGACUUUGGCACGGAGGGCCGCGGAGGCUACUUUGACCAGUAUGGCAUCAUUCGGGACAUCAUUCAGAACCAUCUCAUGCAGGUGCUGUGUCUCGUAGCAAUGGAGAAGCCGGUGUCAGUGCAGCCAGAGGACAUUCGGGACGAGAAGGUGAAGGUGCUGCGAGCCAUACAGCCCAUCAGGGAGGACGAGGUGGUGCUGGGGCAGUACGACGGCUACACCGAUGACCCCACCGUGCCAGAUGGCUCCCACACGCCCACCUUCGCGUCGCUUGUGCUGCGCAUCAAGAACGAGCGCUGGGAUGGGGUGCCGUUCAUAAUGAAGGCGGGCAAGGCGUUGGAGUCACGCAAGGCGGAGAUCCGAGUGCAGUUCCAUGACGUGCCGGGCGACAUCUUUGGCUGUGGGCGGAACUCGCGGGACGAGUUUGUGAUGCGCCUGCAGCCAUCAGAAGCCAUGUACAUGAAGCUCACGGUGAAGAAGCCGGGGUUGGAGAUGGCAGCGACGAUGAGUGAGUUGGAUCUGAGCUACAGCCAGCGCUACUCAGGAGUGGUCAUCCCCGAGGCCUACGAGCGCCUCAUCCUCGACAGCAUCAAUGGCGACCAGCAGCACUUUGUGCGCCGAGACGAGCUCAAGGCGGCGUGGGAGAUCUUCACGCCGCUGCUGCACCGCAUCGAUCAGGGCGCCCUCCCCCCGCUCCCUUACAAACAAGGCAGCCGGGGCCCCGACCACGCGGACGAGCUGGCGGAGCGCGUGGGGUACCGCCGCACUCAGGGGUACUGCUGGAUUCCGCCGACCCUCGCGGAAUAG